AAAAGGAGCAAGUGUCUCUCGCCCUGCUUGCACACACAAUCCCACUCACCACGGGCCCGCCUGUCUCUCUGCCUGUCUGUCUGUGGACACUAAAGACGAGGAGAAGAUCCACCAUCUGAAGCUCUCAUUAGAAAAUUCCAGCGGUACCAUGGAUGCCACAGAGUUUCGAAGCAGAGGGAAGGAGAUGGUGGACUAUGUGGCCGACUACCUGGCGAACAUCGAACAGCGGCCGGUCUACUCCGACGUGAAGCCGGGGUACCUUCGAUCCCUGAUCCCCACCGAGGCCCCUCUGGAGCCGGAGGAUUAUGAAGAUGUUAUUAAAGAUGUGGAGAGGGUCAUAAUGCCAGGGGUUACCCACUGGCAUAGCCCAUACUUUUAUGCCUACUUUCCAACUGCUAGCUCUUACCCCGCCAUGUUGGCCGACAUGCUGUGUGGAGCCAUUGGCAGCAUGGGAUUCACCUGGGCUUCCAACCCAGUGUGUACAGAGCUGGAGACGGUGAUGUUAGACUGGCUGGGGAAGAUGCUGAAGCUGCCGGAGCAUUUCAUAGCCGGGACUCAUGGCCAAGGAGGAGGUGUAAUCCAGGGCACCGCCAGCGAGGCCACCCUGAUGUCGGUGCUCGCCGCCCGCUCUAAAGCAAUCCAACAAGUCCAGGCGUCCAACCCCGGACUACCAGAGGCCCAAAUCCUCCCCAAGCUGGUGGCCUACACCUCAGAGCAAGCUCAUUCCUCAGUGGAGCGGGCUUCUCUGAUUGGAGGAAUCCUGAUGAGGAAGGUUCCUACAGACGACAACUAUGCUGUCGGGGGGGUCAUGUUUGAGAAGAUGCUGGAGGAGGACAAAGCAGCUGGACUCAUCCCUUUCUAUUUGUGUGCGACCCUUGGCACGACGCCCUCUUGUGGUUUCGAUCACAUCACUGAACUGGGGCCCAUAUGUAAGAAGGAAAACAUGUGGAUGCACAUUGACGCAGCGUAUGCGGGGAGUGCGUUCAUCUGUCCUGAAUUCAGGCCUUUGUUGAAUGGCGUUGAGUUCGCAGACUCUUUCAACUUUAACCCACACAAGUGGCUUUUAACCAACUUUGACUGCUCCACAAUGUGGGUGAAGAAGAGAGACGACAUCACCGGAGUCUUCAAGCACAGCGAGCAACCCUUCUACCUGAAACACGACAGCCAGGACUCAGGACUGGUCACAGAUUAUAGGAACUGGCAGAUUCCACACGGGAGAAGAUUUCGAUCCCUUAAACUGUGGUUUGUCUUCCGCAUGUAUGGAGUCCAAGGCCUGCAGGCUCAUAUACGCAAGCAAGUGGCCCUGGCCAAAGAGUUUGAGAGUCUGGUCCGAGCCGACCAGAGGUUUGAGAUCUGUGCCGAGGUCAUCAUGGGACUGGUCUGCUUCAGGCUCAAGGGCUCCAAUCAGCUGACUGAGCUCCUGCUGAAAAGGAUCACCGAGAGCAGAGAGAUCCACCUGGUGCCGUGCCAGCUCUCCGGCCGCUUCGUCCUGCGCUUCGCCAUCUGCUCACGCACGACCGACUCCAGACACAUCCGACAGGCGUGGAACCACAUCACGCGGCUGACCUCUGAGAUCCUGCAGGACCCGGAUCAGUAACCAGCAGGCUGGAGGGAGGGCUGUCCCCCCUACCGCUGGAAACGAACGCCCAGAUUCUAAGGCUACAUCCACUGUGCUAUGUUUCGG